AUGCAGAAGGAGUUCGAGAGCAUCGUCAACACGAUCGUGAUGAAGGCCGAUGGCAAGGAACCGAUCCUGGCGAAGGGUGGUGGCAACCAGAAUGACAAGGCGGUGCAGACCAGCUCCGAGGACAAGCAGAUGGAGUUCGAGAGCAUCGUCAAACCGAUCGUGACGAAGGACGGUGGCAAGGAGAUCGAGACGGCGGUGCAGGCCAGCUCCGAGGACCAGCAGAAGGAGUUCGAGAGCAUCGUCAACCCGAUCAGGAUGAAGAUCGAGACGGCGAAGCAGGCCUGCUCCGUGGACAAGCAGAAGGAGUUCGAGAGCAUCGUCAAACCGAUCCUGGUGAACGAGGUCGAGAUCGCCGCGGAGGUGUUGCCGAAGGAUUUCGACGACGACGUCGGCGAGGAUAGCUUCGGGGAGACGGUGGUUAACGCCGACGAAGUGUGCUAUGAGAAGCGCUUCGGCGAGCCCCUGCAGAGCUGCAGGGACCUCGCACGGGUGGCGCGGCAGAAUGGUGCCGACCCGUUCGGGCUCAUCGGGAACAUGCUGGACGGGCUGCCGCCUGAGCAGCGCGCCCGCGCCGAGGCUGCUCUCCAGCCGAGGCGCGCGCGUCGGCAGCGCCGCUAG